GCGCAGUCUACUUGAGAAAAGUUAUCUGGGAAUUAAAAGUAAGGAUUGGAUUGGAUUAUCAUGGCUUGGGUGCCCACGUCACGUUUCGAGCACGAUCUGGUGCAGUUGGAGCCGGACUUCAAUAUGGUCCAUGGACAGAUCGCCUAUGAACUGAGGAAGAAAGAGGAAUUCUCAGGAACCGUUCCCAUUCAUACCUAUGAGCAUUUGGAAGCCCGCGAAGAUCUGCUUGGAUAUGGGACGCCGGGUGAAAAUGGGCGAGAGAUUCGUCAAAGUCUGCAAAUGAUGGAGACGAUUCAGAGAGUAUCUGGCACCAAGCCGCUGGGCGAGCACGCCACAAUGGAGGACUGGGAGGACACCGCAACGGCGGAGAGAGAGGCGAUUGCCAUUACCCGUAGCUUCGGAAGAUUGUCCGUCAGACAGAACUCACCGCCCCUCCAACCGAAUAGCUUACCUGCGGUUGCUCAAAAUGAAAGCCAGCGAUUUCCUCUGAUCACAGAUCGCGAGUUCUUCACGCCUCGGAAGAUUCGUAGACCAAAGGAUCUUCCGCCAGCGGAGAACAGUCCGGAUAACUCAGCCGAUGACUCAUUUCACACCGCUGAAAGCCUGAGCAACUGCAUCUGCCUGAACGGAUCAAAAUAUCGAGAGAAGACCAGCAAGGGGAAAAACCCAGAAUACACGGAUACCUGGAUAAGAACAAGGAAAAGAGGAGGAAACUAAGACCCAAACGUCACCAGCAACGCCAGGCUAACUAACAAAAUUAUAGAGUUAACUAACUCUAAUCCGACAAUAGCCAAUCUAACCUGAGCAUGUUAGCAUAAUUAUUCAAGCUCUUUUUUUUUUUUAAUAACAGAUUAAGUUAACACCACGAAUAUCCAAAAGUACUA